CGCGCGCCUCUCUCUCCCGUUUUGCCGUCGACGUCUUCAGUGUUCGACAACGACGACGACGACAGAGACGAGACGGAGACGUCGACGCGUCCGACACGAAACCUUACACUCGGCUGCAGACGUUUUACGCAAAUUUUGUCCGUCCUAGCCACGUUCCUUCACGAUUCGUUUUUGGUUGUUUGUUUAUUGCUUUCUACUUACGUAUAAUAUAACUGGUGCAUAAUAAAGUAUUAACCAUCCGUCUUUUAACGACAACAUAUCGAUUUAAAGGUGCGUGUAUAUACCGUGAUGGUGAUCACCCCGCGCAUUUGAUUUCCGAUCGCGCGAACACGUUAUGUCGUACGUGUCGCCGAAGGAUAUGGUCGGUGGCGGCGCAGGUAGCGUGAGUAUGUCACCUGGCAGUUGUAUGGAUGUGCUCAGCGAGAGUUCGGUGACGUCUAGCGUGGUCACCGGUGGCGGUGGUGGCGGUGGCGGGUCUGUCACCGUGUCCGAUUUUCUGCAGACCAAGCGCAGCCUGUCGUUCUCCUCUGAACAGGUGUCGUGCAUGUGCGAGGCGCUCCAACAGUCCGGCGACGUGGACAGGCUGGCCCAGUUCCUGUGGUACCUGCCGCCCAGCGAAUUGCUCCGGGGCCAAGAAACCGUCCUCCGCGCCAGGGCUCUGGUGGCUUUUCAUCGGUAAGAUAUAGUUACACAAUUUCGUAUUAUAUUUUAUUUUAUUAUUUACGCCAAGCGUAACAAGAAAAGGUGUAGAAUAAUACAAAUAUAAAGUAAAAUACAUAAAUAUAGUAAAAAAACGCGUGAUAAACAAGGAAUAUAUAGGUAACUUAAAAGUAUUUUUAAAUAAUUAACUAUUUUUAAUAUUUAAAUAUGACCCGGGAAUUUAGAGUUGUUUACGUAUCUAAGUAUACUAUUUAAGGUAUGAUUAUGCCAGUAUGAUGUUAUUUAUGUAUCGGUACAUAUAAUUCAGACUGGUUUCUUACUCGUAAAUAGCAGAAGUGCCCUUUGAACGUUUUAGUAACAAGGAGAUUAGGAACGUUAAGUGAACCAUUUAAAAUUGCUAUACAUACUCAAAAGAAUCAAAAUUUUCAAUGAAUACUUAUAUAUAUAUAUAUAUAUAUAUACAUAUUUAAACUUUAAACCGUUAACAAAAUGUUAUUAGAUGUCUUCUAGUUGAUUAUUUCAAAAAAACAACCGAUUUCCAGAGGUUAGGACAUAAUUUUCGCACCAUCAUAUAAUGAGUAUUAUGAUAUACAUACGUUUAUACUUGGUUAAGUAUAAAAAUACAUAUUGUAAGUUCUAAUAAUAAGUGUUUAAGUUGUAUCUAAACAUUGAGCUGCGUAUAUUUCAAAACCCCACUAGCAAAGUUUUUAAAAAUUUACCCAAAAUUACUAUCCCGAUUCUUCUCCCUCUCCCUUUUACAUAUUUGUAAGGCUACACGCAAUUGCAUUAGGGAAACAUCCUCUUCCAUCGUCACGCUACUGAUAUAGUAUUAGACCGAUUACCAAGUAUUAUGAAAUACCGGCGGACACCCAUAAUUUGGAAACAUUAUCGUGGGUAAUAAAACGUAGUAUCUCGACUCGACAAAAACAACAAUUAUUAUAAUAAUUCGAAGAAACCCGAUUGUGAAGUUAUAUAAAUCAACAACUUACUGUUGUCACGUGCUAAAAAUCUAAACGAGAUAACGUUUUAACGGAAAUGUGAUAUUAUAUAAUAUUAUUCUCACUGACACGAAAACGUGUUUAUAUGGGAAAUGCAUAGGCACGUGAUGAUUAGUAUUUUUCGUAAACCAUGGCCGAGAGAAAUUGUGUGCGUAUGAGUUACCUAAUGAAGUCAACCACUCUACUAUUAUCUCCUCGCCAGAUAUCGGGGGAGACUUCAAGGGAUUUUAUUUGAUUCUGAAAUACUUACGCAUAUUUUAUAUUUUAGAUUCGGAGCAUAGCGAGAGAUCUAUUGGUGUUAGUGGUUCUAUGAUGCGGUUUUUUUUUCGUGUGUCUAUGAGCAACUUUUCAGCAAGAAGUUUUGCUCCGAAGUACAUAAUAUAAUGUAGCAUUUUUUUAAAAAGAAAUUCUAGACGGUGUAUUAAGGAGGUAACUUUUUAAUUUUUCAAAAGGAUUUCAUAAUAAUUUGGAAAAAACCGAAAAAAGAUAAAAAUGAAAACGAAAAAAUUAACGGCGUCAUGAUAUUUUUAUUUUAAAUUUUUACGAUUAUAUACCAGAAAUAUUAAUACAAAAAAGACAAGAGAUCUUUUUUGUUGAAUUUUUAAUUUUAUUAAUAAAUAAAAAGACAUUUGUUCAUUUUACGUGUAGGUUUUUUAAUAAUUGAACAACACCAAAAAAAAGGUUAAAAGAAUGGGAAAAUUUACGAAAAUAAUGCUUUUAUUAUUUUCAAUUUUUUUUUUCGUUAUAAAUCAGUUAAAAAUAUUCGUAAAGAUUUUCAAUUUUAAUAGAAAACCUAAAUUUGCCCUUUUUAGAUAUGGUCAAUUUUUAGAACAUUUUUGAGUCUUUUAAACUUAUUUAUUAGUAGACAUUUUAAUUUUGCGAGAUUUUUCUAAAAUUGUUAUUUUAUAGGUACUCUGUGGAUAAAAUUGUUUGACUAAAUAGAAAUUUUUAAAUAAAAUUCGUUAUAAAUUAUACUUGUGGGCAAAAAAAAAAUGAAUGCAAUGUAGUUUUGUUUCAUUAUAAGAAUUUUAAUGUCAAAUUUUGAUGGUUAUCUACAAUAUUAUGGAAUUUCAAAACAUGUAUAACCGAACUUCACUCUGAAUCGUUUGUAGUUAAGAAUAUGAUUUAUUAAUACUUACUGCAGAUAUAAAUUAAAUAACUUUAUGUAUCCUAUAUCUUCCCAAUUUCCAACCUCCAACAAUGGCACACCUAUCCCCAGUAUCAGUUUUUUUUUAAAUUUUAACUUUUAUAAUACCUAACUAUCUAGCGAUCUUAUAAUAAAUUGCCUAAUAAAAUUCAUCUUGGGGUCUUCAUAAGAAUAUAAUAUGAAUAAGACAUAUUAUUUUAAUAUUUAUGGCUCAUCAUAUUUUAUAAACUCAUAAAUUAUGAGGUUAGGUUAGGUUUAUACAAUUUUAUAAAAAUACAUGUUUUGCACUACAGUAUUAUAUUCUUUCAAUAGCAUCAUUUAAGGAGUAGGUGACUUACUUGAUUAUUAUAUCUCAGUCUAAAUUUAUGAUUUUUAAUCAUCAUCAUUAUUCUUAUAUAGCUUGAAGCUUCGAUACAUAUAUAUCAUUUAGUGUUUAUAUGGAUUGUAAAAAUAAUAAUAUUAUAUUAAAAGAUUGACUGACUUUCAGGAUAAAAAAAAAUAUCAACAAUUCAAAUAAAAAACGUCUAAGAGAAUUUUUCUUUAUGUGCCCUAAUAAAUAUUAAUAAUCUGCGGUCAGAUAUCUUUUGAAAUUGGGGAAAAAAGUCAACAAAUUUAAAAAUGAUAUAGGUACUUAUCAAUACAUUCAAUGCAAUAGUUGUUUGUAUUCUUGACAUUUUUUUGCCAUCCUAAAAGUUAAUGAGUCAAAGAUGAAAUUGUGUCAGUGUCGGAGUUUAGUGGUCGACACUUUUAUAAUAUACCUACUUUUAAAGUAGGUGUUUUAGUAAAUGACCCCUUUUCUCAUCGUCGAUUAGAAAAUUCAGUCCACUCGAUCAUUCCUAUAAUCUUCAAAAUAUUGAAACGACUUCACUGUCGGUAUAUAAUCUUUUCUAGUUGGUCUAUUAAUUAGUCAUAAAUUCAGUAUACCUAUACCCUUAAAUUUAGUGUCUUCUCUUCAUUAAUGCCUCUUUCCGACGAAUAAUGGUAAUUAUUAUACGGUUCUUGUUCCCUGAAGCUUCGAAUUAAAAUAACCAACGUGGAAAUUAUGACAUAACAAAGUCAUCGUACAAAGAAAAAAUAAUCGAUUUAGUCGUUACUUUGUAGUCAAGCUAAGAAAGAGAUCCAAAGGUUAAAAUACAUCUCCCAAUCCCCGAAAUUUGUUUAAAAUUGUUGAAAAAACGAUCCUUUUAUCAAUAUAAAAAAAAAUAAGUUGGUCGUUCUAAAUUUUUUCCAACUACGGCCUUGAAACGGGUAUCGUGUGCAGUUCUAACAUUUUCUUAACGCUGCAGGCUGUGGCGUGUAUAUUAUUAUAUUAUGUUCAAUGUUACCACCCGAAAUCGAUUUUGUUUACGUUUCGCCAGUCUAUAAUAACGUUUAAUAUUAUACAGAGUCUUCCAAAUUUUAUAUGCGUUACAGUUUUGAGAGCUGCAGAAUCGUGGAGUCUUACAUACCUAUGUAUAUACUCGUAACCACAUAUUAUACAGUAUACACUCUCAAAACUAUAAUACCUAUAACAUUUGGAAGACCCUGUACACGUAUUCAUAUGUAUAUAGGUACUUACAAGUUUUCGUAUACGCGCGUAGUUUUAUUGUUUUCGUUUAAAACGCAUUCAACAAUAUUAUAAUAUCCUCUCGGUACCGUUCAAACGCGUGGUUUUUAUUUUUUUUUUUUUUUUAUAAACACGGCACUUAAUAUAAUAUACAUGCAUGAUAUAUGCAUUCGAACUUAUAUAAUAUAUUAUUGCCGGUCAUAAAAACCCGAUAUUCUUUGAUUUUAUUUUUCCGCCCGUAUAUAUUAUAGCACUAAACGAGCCCGAAUAUUCGUUUUCGGUCAAAACGACCACCGCGUUUCAAACAAAAACCGCGUGCUCUGUAGUUAAUCGUUGUUCCGCAAGAAAAAUAGAGACCAAUUAAAACAUGUAGGUUUUUUGAAAAAUAGAGAAAAUAACAAAAAAAAAGCCGCGAGUUAUCCACUACAUGUCUGGGUUUCAAAAGAAACAAUAUAUACCAAACGCGACCAACAAAAUUAAUGUAUUAUUCUUUAUAAAAUAAUUUAAAAUUCAGCGAGAAAAGAAACAAAAUAUGUUUAAGGCUUUUAUAUAAUUGAUGUAUAGAAUAUUUAAAACUCAAUUAUAUAUAUUUUUUAAGUACUUUAUAUAUCCGUUUAAAAUAUUUCAUAACCAUGGGCAUCCAUUGAUGAAAUUUCAGGGGGAAGGGACAAAAUAAAAAAAACUUCUGAAAAUAUAUGUUAAAUGAAGGUUUAAAUUUGAAUUAAUUAAAAUUACCUGUUCGUAUUAUAUUUUCAGGGAAAAGAGUAUAUAACCCAUCUUACCCAUGAACUAUGGGCACUCGUGUUCGGAACCUUGCACCAUAUGUAAAUGAAUUGUGCAUUUUUAAAAAUAUUUUUAAAUUAUUGUCACGUUCUACACAUGUUUUGAUAUUAUUACCUACAUAUAUGCAAUGGAAAAAUGAUGACAAUAACCUAUUCAAACUUUUACAAAUUUUCUUUAAUAUCUGUAUAUAUGCGGCUUUGUCCGUGCAUAAUGUCGAAUAAAAAGCAUUGUUUUACAGUGAGUAAAACAGCUCGUUUUUUUUCCCCCGAUUGGACUGAAAAUCAACGGGGACCUUCUUUAAAGCUUAAUACUAAUCGUUUAGUGAAAACCGCAUUUAAAAAUUUGAAACUGUGUAAAGAGUAGAGCACGUAUGGAAAAACCGACAGAUGCUGACAAAAUCGAUUUCAAAUAGGUAGGUAUAUAAAUACGCCACUACAUGAGUAGCGUCAUCUUAAAAGUAUAGUACUAAUACCUUUGACAAGUAUAUUAACUAUUUUGUUUGCCUUAAGUUGAUUGCCUAACCAAAAUUACGCAUAACAAUAAUACUGUUUACCAGGAAGAAUUAUUAGAAUACAAUAUUGUGUUUUGAAUAUUCUGAUCAGUCCACUUGAUUUCGUAUUUUUUGUUAAUACGUUCAGUAUACACCGAACUAAAAUAACUAACAGUGACGUGUAUAUUACAUACAUUUUACAUUAUUUUAGUGAUUUAUACACGACAAGUUUGACGCGUGUAAACAAACGGCAGGUGUUGUCGAAAACAAAUUGUUGAUAUACAUAAUAAUAUCAUAUUAUAUUAUAUAAUGUGCGUACUAACGUCGACCGCGUCUGCGCGUUGUUAUCGUUAAUGUUGUACGUAUAAAACAUAAAGCGAUUUCCGGAAAUUCAAAUGAAAAAUAUUGUUUUCACGUGUUGAGGAAAAAACAAAAUGUGUUUUAAAACCUAUGACUAUACCUCGUCUAUUAGUAAAAUUGUUUAGUAACUGUAUUUCAAUUUUUACGUAUAGAUUUAUUCAAAUUGUGUAUAUUUCGGUCACUUUUUCACAGAAUAUUGUUGGUAUCAUAUAUUCUAAAAUGUUAUAUUGCCGUUAUUUUAUACACUUUCAUGUUCAGGGGGAGGGAUGAAAAAAAUACCAUGUUUUCAAUUUCAAAGGCAACCUAAAUUAAAUAUUUUAUGAAUAUAAGUAAAGUUUUAGUUUAAAUGAAUGUCGGUGUUAAUAUGUUUAACUUUUGUCGAUCCGUUGACGAGAUAUUCCACUUGAAAAUUUGUCAUUUUUUGUGUAGAAAUUAUUUUAGAAUACCUAUAUGAUUCCAAAAAGUUUUUCCAGAGGCAAUUUUUUUAAAAAAAAAGUGUUCGUAAACAAAUUGACCAGAACAUUUAUAAUUUGGAAGACCCUGUGUAUACAUUGUUUAUGGUGUAACAACAAAUUGAUGAAGAAAAUACAUUAGGGAGUUGUAUAACAAGGUAAACCCCUGGCGUCUGCAUGUGACCAGUUUUAUUAAAGAGAAAAUACUACAAUAUUAGUUAGGCCGUGUUAUAAUGAGGAGAAAAGAGAAAUAUUGAUAAUGUUAGAUUAGCGAUAGAAUGCGGAAACUUCUGAGAAAAAUUCCUCAUCGCGAUACAACCUGCAGGAAAAUGUGGAUCUAUGUUCUCAAAUAUGAGGAUAUAAGAAAUCAGUGAAUACAAGAACAAGUGAUACGAGACAGGGAUGAAUGGAGUGAAGUUAUUUUGGUGACGAAAAUUCUUAGAGUUAGUUGUAAAAGCCAGAAGAAGAGAGAGACAUAUUGUUUUAUACAUAGUAAAAUUUUGUAUAUCUUCUUAUUUUUCUAUAUUAUCGUUGUACCUAUUAUUUUUUAGCGAUUCGUUAGAAUCCGACAGGUUAUUAUAUUAUUAUUUUGUCCAAUGCCAAAUAAUAAUAAUACGUGUGAUAUUUUUUCAUCAGCGGAAACACAGAAAGCGUUUCUACAUAUAUUUAUAUUAUUUCAUAUUAGACAUACGCGAAUUUAUUGUUUCCUGACGGACGUAGCGUUUUUUUUUUUUUUUUUAAUUUCCAAUUCUCACGUUUUUUUAAAUUUUUGCUGAAGUAAAUGUUUUCGUCGCGAUAAGCGGUAUUAGGCCACAUUUUAUGCACGAACAUAACAAAACGGGAAAAAAAAAACUGAAAGCAUGCCGCUGAAUUACGCAUUACACGCAAAAUUAAAAAAAAAAAAAAAAAAAAAAAAAAAAAAACAAUAUAAUUGUUCAGCACACUGUGGUUUAUAAAGUGCGUGCUUAAAAAAUUAAAGAAAAAUCACAUUACCGGAACUGCAAAAAUAUUAUUCCUAUGAAUGUAUAAUGUAUACAUAGGCUUAAAUUAAAUAUAUAAAAAAAAAAUGUAAAUUCUCUGACAAAAAAAAAAACGAACAAAAUACCGGAUGAUGGAACUAUUAUAUACUGCAGUAAAUGAUAUUAUGAUAAUGUAUAUUAUAUUAUAAAAAGAUUAAAAAAACGUAUAUAAAAGAUUUGUGGGCAAAAUCUAAAGGGUGUCUGCGAGAAAAAAUAAUGAAGGAGCUAUGAUUGGAAAAUAUACUAUAAACAAGUACCUAUACGGUAUUAUUAUGAUGCGUACAUACGUACUUACUAUAGAAAACCAGAAACGAGGUAGUGUCGCUAUAUUUUGUUAUUCAAUAAAGGGUAGCCCCCAGAUUUAAUGGGCCAGUAAGAAUGGAAUGCAUUGUAGGUAUAUAUAUAUAUAUACAUUAUAAUUUAUUAUACGCUUAUACUAUACCUAUCUUUAUAGGGAACAUUGCUAAGGAAAUAAAAUCGUAAUAAUAUAAAAAAAAGACAGACAUACUUAGCACAAUGGGUGGGCCACUGUUGUAGGUGAGAAGUUAGAAAAGUAUAAUAUAGUAGGAAAUUUAACUUAUAUUUAUAUAUUUAUAUAUUAUAUAUAUAUAUAUAUAUAUAUAUAUAUAUAUUUAUUUAUUUAUUUAUUUAUAUAUUUGUACACAUCGAUAGACCAUUAUUUACGAAAAACGAUUCGGAGAGAAGUUUCUUUUGUACACGAACGUAAAUUUUCCCAUUUUUCCUAUGUUUUUCCCAAUCAAUUUAAAUAAAACAUGAUCUCUCUAAUAUAUCACCCAGAUAAAAAGUUUCAGAAAAGAAUAUUGAGAGUAAUGGAGUAUCAUUUAUGUGGUGGUACAGUGCGGCGUGCGACGUGUUAAUAUUGCACCACUACUCUCCCUCAACCAAAACUUAGAAGUGGAACAACUCGUCAACGAAUUGACAGAAAUCAAAAAUUUCAACACUAAAAUUUAUUUUAAUUAAUACUCCGUCUAUUUAUGGAAUUUUCAAUGUAGGUUGCCAUUUGAAAAUCAAAAGUAGACAUUGGUUUUACCCCAAAAAAUAACAUAAAUAUAAAAUUGUAAAGCGACAUGUUUCUUAAAUUUUCUAGCAAAAAAAAUUCCGAAAAAAGUUAAUACUUUCCGAGAUAAUGAGUAUACCCACUUAAAUGGAUCACCUGGUAUAACGCAAUAUAAUUUGGCGUAAAUAUAUCGUUCUUGUCGAGUGUCAUGGACCGUGGUCAGUCGUCAGUAUGUAGAUUAUGUGUGAGAUGUAUUGAUAUUAUUAUAAUAUUCCGCGAGGUAAUGGAGGAAGUGACAAACUUUUUACGCGACUCGCAUACCAAAAUGCCAUUUAAUAUUUCCAGAAAUGCCUUGCGCUCGCCGAUUGUUGUAUGUGUAAACAAUAUUUAUUAUAUAUCAACGAGGCCAUCGAUUUCGAUUUACAACAUAUUAUAAGCAACGUGAUCUGAAAUUUGAAGAUCAAGUUUUUGUAGAAAAUUAAAUACAUUUAUUUUGUACUUAUGAUAACUAUAUUAUACGAUCAAUUAACGUUAUAUAAUAUAGAUAAACCAUGUAUUUUAUCUUUCUGAGAAUAAAUUGUUUUCCAUACGCUACCACCAUCUCAGGUAUUAUAUAGUUGCCUAUAUACCUAAUCUAUAUUUUAGAACAAAAUGAUAGCUUAGUAAAUUUAUUAUGGUCUAGCAUUGCCCAAAACAAAUAAUUAUUCUUGCAAUCUAUUUUUUUUUUAGUUUAUGGGAAUAGUCAUAAAAAAAAUCUUAAUUCUUAUGUAAUAUAGGUACAUAAAACAUAUAUAUAAACCACGUCCACAAUGAGCUUGGAAACUGAACGCAGUCGAUGCAAUUUGAUUCACUUGAUUAACAUGAUUAUCAAACCUUGUAGAUACCGUCGAAUGAUCUCAAAAAAAAUAUCAUAAAACAACAAUACAGUCCUACGUGACUUAACUAACCAAAUUAUUUUUGUAAAUGGUUUUUUUUUUCAAAUUAAUAAGAAAAACAAGAUUUAUUAAAAAUAUUCUAUAACAAAUUUAUAUAUAUAUAUAUAUAUAUAUAUAUUAUACAUAUAUUAUACAUAUAUUAUUACAAGUGUAAUACUGUAAAUACACCUAAGUUUAAAUGACAAAAACGCGUAUACGUCGGUAUAGACAAUGCAUUAAAAACAAAAUACUAACUCGACAUAAUUUGUGUUUUAUAAUAAUGAACUGAUUAAUUCAAAACGAUAUUACGUCAUCAUAUCAUAUACCAAAAUUAUUUCACAUAAUAUUACAUAACUAAUAUGUAUGAUGUUGUUAAAUUUCAGAUUUAUUCCUAUUUCAAGGAGUUUGUGAAAAUGUCUUUAUUUCAAAAAUUCGAAAAUUAUUUUUCAAAUGCUAUUUGAAAUAUUAUUUUAUAAAAGUAUAAGGAGGAAUUAUAGUAUUUAUUACAAAUAAUAAUUGUUUCCCGGGUUUGGAAACAUUAUAGGAAAACGGCAUUCGCUACAGUGUUAUUAUAUUUUAUCGAAAUCAAAUAAUUAAUAUAACUAAAUUUAAAACGCUUUUAACGUUUUCUAAAAAAAAAUAAAGUGUCCCAUUCAGUCGGAAAUGUAUACUUUAGAGUCUAAAGUCUAAAGUUUAGUAAAUUCCUAACAUGGACAUUUCCAAAAUAUGGAAAUAAGAACAUUUGGAUACUAUAACGGACGAACAUCUUUUCAAAUAUAUUGUUUACGAUUUAAUCCGAAAUUAUCAGUUUUUUCUAAAUUUAAUAAUGUUAUACUUGUAAUACACAACUGUGUUGAUAAAAAAAUAGAAGAUUUGCAUAACAUAAUAAUCGAUAUCGGCAAUAUAAGAGGACGUGCAUCACAAUGAAAUUUAACGCAAUUAUCGUGAUAAACGGUCAAUGGUGAAACUCAACUCACGUUUGAUUUUUCGAAAACGAUAAAAUACAAUAUUAUAUCGUUGGUCUCAGAAAACUGAGAAGAAGGACUUAGGUUAAUGUUGUAUAAUUUUCAAUAAAAGCAAAUUCAAUUUUGAAAAUUGCUAAAUUGUCUAAUUGGUAAAUGUCUAAAUCCCAAAAUAAGGCACUUUAAAUAGCUUAAAUCAUCAAAUUAUAUGACACAGGUAUGUCUUUUUGUCAAUUUAAAAAGUACAACAUAGUGACGAGAUAUUUUUUUUUUUUCAGUAUAAAACUUGAGUUGAAAUACCAUAAACCUAUAUAUGCCUUUAGAAGUAGAAAAAAAAAACGGAAAAUAUUAAGAUAUAUUGAUAUGUAUAAUUAUUUCGGAAUAAGAAUUGUAAUUAGAAUAGAUAGCUGGUACACCUCGUAUUAUUGCGCAAGAAGCAUGGCACGUGUGUACAUACAGUCCUAUGAAGAUUUACUACUUCUUUUCUCGCGAUAGGACACCCUAUAUGUUCUACAAUAAUAAAUGUACAUAAACAUAAUGUUAUAUUAUGUUAUGUAUAAAUACAUAGUAUUAUGCAUAACAUGUGACCUCAUAGUAUAAAUUGAAAGUAUAUCUCUAUCCAUAUAAAUGUUUAAAGCUACGUCCAGACCAAAUCAAUAUUAUUGAAAACUGCAUGCCCAGUAUUCAAAUUGAUGGCAACAAAUUAAUGACGUCUUCUAAUUUUAUCAACUUUUAUGUUUUUAACAAAAUAGAAAACGAAUUUUUCUUUCCGCAUGGGAAAAAAUUCGUGCUAUAUUGUUUGAAACAAUAUUUUCAAAUUGUCUUUUUCUCAUAAUAUUUUUGAAGAUAAAUUUUAGGCUUCUGAAAUAUUGAUAUUACUUAUGUAUUCUUCGUUAUAAACAUCUUGCCGAACAUUGAAAUGUAGUCGAUAACAUUACUUUAUUAAUCUGAAAUCUGGAAGUAAGUUUUUUUUUUUUAAAUUGUUGACAAUUUAUUUUAUUGAAAAAUGUUAACAACGAAGUCUCUACUGUGUUAAUUUUAUCUGGACCGGGCUUUAGCCCUAUGUUCUGUCUAUAAGUAAAUUUACUAGAAAAUAUUUGAUCUUAUUUCAUAUUAUUAACAUUUAAAAAAAAAACUAUUGUUUGGCAAUUAUAUUCACAUAAACUGAAAAAUAAUACACGAAUUUCACGUAAUUUUUACGAUUUCAAUUAAAAUUGUCAAAACUUUAAACUUGUAUAAUAAAAAAUAUAUAAUACAUUAAGCUUUUUUUGCCACUAAAUACAACGUAUGACAAAUGUAUUAAAUAUUCAAAAAUUUUUUAGGAGAAAAAUAAUUUUAUCCAUAUGAAAUGAAAAAAAUACCCCAAAAAAGCAAAAACCCAAACAAUUUUGUAAUUUUUCUACAUCUAUAAAAAGUAUUAAGUAUACAAUGAAAACUUUAAGUUCCAACAAUUAUCGUAAGGUAGGUCGCAAAAAAAUGUUUCGUUUUUCCUACAGUUUUUCUCCAUUUUUCUUAAUUAUCAAAAAUACUAAAUCCAAAAUUGUUUUUCAGAAAAUAUGCUUCUCUUAGAAUUCGGACCAAGAGUUCUUAUAGCAAACGAAAAUCUAAAUAAUUUAAAAUCGGAAACGUCAUUAAUGUGCAUGUUUUUCCUCCUCAAUGUAGUAAUUAGAUCCAAAAUUUGACAAAACAAUUAUGUUUUUAUUAUUAUUAUUUCUUAUUGUAGCAAGAUGUUAGUAAAUAAGUUGUUUACAGACAUAAAAAAAAUAAUAAGCACACAUAUAAUAAAACUAAUAUAUUCCUCACUCCGCUCAGAAUCAAAAACUAUACAUUGUGAAAUAACCAUUAAAAUAUCACCUAACCAGACAAAUAAUAUGUAGUAUUUGGGUUUGACAAAGAAAAGUACUGUGUUGAAAUAGAUUUUUAAUUUCACUGCACAACUAAAAAAUGAUCUAUGUCAUGUAUGGUUUCCAAUCAACAGGUGCGCGCUUAGGGGAACGUUAUUAUUGAACUGAUUAUUGUAGCCUCGACCAAUUGUGUGUAUUUCCGCGUUUAAAAUGACUCAAUUUUUCUCCACCGAACCGAGGAAAUUAAUUUAGUAUUAUCGUUUGACAAGGAUAUUAGAAUAUUUAUAAACUACAGCCCAUUAUCGUUAUUUUUUGCGCGCGCGCAUCAUGUUCAAGAGCUACUCCAAAACAAAGUUGCAAACCGAAAAUAAAUAAUUCACGAAUUUCGAACAUUUCUCCUAUAAUCAAUUUUUUACGAGGUACAUGUAAUAUCCAUUGUGUAUGUAUUGUUGUAGGAACGCGUUCCACGAGCUAUAUGCCAUACUGGAGAGCCAAAGUUUCGAUUCAAGAUAUCACGUGCAACUACAGCAGUUAUGGUUCAAGGCGCACUAUCUGGAGGCCGAGAAGAUCCGCGGCCGUUCUCUAGGCGCCGUGGACAAGUACCGGCUCCGCAAGAAGUACCCACUGCCCAAAACCAUAUGGGAUGGUGAGGAGACGGUAUACUGUUUCAAGGAGAAGUCGAGGAAUGCGCUGAAAGACUGCUAUUUGAAGAACAGGUACCCGACACCGGACGAGAAACGCGACCUGGCCAGGAGGACGGGCUUGACACUCACUCAGGUUAGCAACUGGUUCAAGAACCGACGGCAGCGCGACCGGACGCCUCAGCAGCACAGGUCAGUUUUCAUUGUCAUGUAUAGGAUGCAGGGUUUGCGUUUAUAAUAUUAUACGUGGUUCGGUAAGUUCCAACACGAAACAUAGCAAGGAAGCGGAUUCAUAUGUAAGUUCCGACACGAAAAAAAGUAUACCCGCACAUAAGUUCUUACACGAACAGAAAUAAUAAUAUUAUUAUCCAAAAUCAUUUUCAUUUUUCUUACCGGAUAAAUCAUUUAAAAUAUAUACUGAAUUAUUAAAAGCAAAUACAUAAAGUUGGAAUAAACCCAAAUAAAUUUGUGUUAGACUUUGAGUAAUCAAUACACCAAGCAACUGAUACAGCUAUCUUUCCAAUAGCAUACAUAUGGGGAUAUCGCUUCCAUUUUGGCAAAGCUUGGUACCAUAAAACUCAAAGUUUAGGUUUUGCCCAAGAAUUUAAUAUUGCAAAUAGUGAAUUAGUUAAGUGGCUGGUACAUAUAUUUGGCUUAACAUUUCUUAAUCUAAUAGAUGAUUGUUGGUGAUUUUAAUUUUAGUUAUUAUUAUUAUUAUUAUUCAUAACUGAAAAACCAGAAAUUAAUAAAAUAAAUGAAUUUUACGAUUAUUUAGUGACUAAUUACAUAGAGGAUAGUAGUGCGUUGUAUGUAUUUUAUUCGUGUCGGAACUUACGUAGUGGUUUAUUAUUUUUCGGGUUGGAACUUACGCAUGCACACGCAUGGGUGAUUUUUACCUGCGAUAUCUCGUGUGGAAACUUACAUUAGCCCUAUUAUACAGUCACAACAAUAAUAAUAUAGUAUGCCGAAUACAUUUUCCGACACUUGAUUUAAACAAAAAUGACCCGAGUGUCGUACUGAUUUAUUUGAUACACGCUGUACUUAAUCGUAUGUAAUAACGAACACACACUUCGUACGAUGGAUGCGCUACUGUUGUAGGUGAGAAUUUGGAAAGGUUGGGAGCAAAUUUAAAGUAUAUCUGAUUUAAAAAUAAUAAAUUUCGUAAAUUGUCCCAUUUAUUAUGAAAACCCAUGAGAAAAUCAAAAAAUUACCUUCAUAAACGACCACUCUAGUCAAAUUUUCUUCCAGUAAAAGUGCUACACUUGAAAAGUUAUUCAUGGGAAAAAAAAAGUAAAAUAUACAUCAUUUUAAAACCAAUGCAUGCCUCGCUCCGCUCAAAAUCUAAAAAUUAUAUGAAUACCCACAUUAUUCCAACUAAAAGUUUCUAAAAAUGAAAUGUUAUCAAGUACAAUAUAUAGUAGUUACACCGAUAUUUUUGUUUUUUUUUUUUGUUUUUGGUUUUGUUUGUUUUUUUUUUUUUCACCGGGUUACAGAAUUAUGGUAAAACUAUCGUAUGCGUACGACAAACCGUUUCAUCGGUGUAGUUUUUAUUUUGAAAACAUGAAAAAAAAAACAAAAAAGUUUUCCGCGAUAACAUAAUAAGAAUAGGUUGAGGAAAUAAAAAUAUAAAUACAGGAGGUAGUCCGAAAAAUACGAACCAACAAUGUGUGUUUCGAUUUUUUAUGUUUUCAAGGCUAUAAAUUAUUAACAAAUGUUUUUUAUUUUCACACCAAACUCAUAUACUGUUAAGUGAAUCACAAUACAGGCAAUUAUUAUUCGUCAUUUCUAAUUUUCUAUACAUGUAUAAAACAAUCCUUCCUUGUUAAAAUAUAAUAUAUAGACUCGUUAAAUAAUAUUAUAUGUUUGAAUGCAACAGUGGCGUAUCGAAAGAGAUCUUUACCUCUCCCCCUCCUUGACUGUGUUAAAAUGUAAACAAUAAUCUAAACUAUUCAACGUUGAAAAAAUAUUACCCAUCAAAUUUUUGCACAUUUGUAUUGCCUUAGUAAUGUUUAUAUAACACUAUUAACUAAGUAUAAAUACUUAUACUAUACACAAUUAGAUAUGUAAUUGGCAAAAUAACUUACAAAAAAAAAUCUAGCAUAAAUUUAGAUAUACAUUCAUGGGUGUUUAUUGAGGGAAAGGGCAAGAGGGACAUGUCCCCUUGACUUUUUCUUAUUUAAAAGUGACAUUGUGUUAACUUUACUGCUUAAUAUAAAGGUCGAAAUAAUUCAAAAUAAUAUGUAGUCACUCCCUUGGAUUUUUGAAAACGGACGCUCUUGCACGUACUUUUUUCUUCCUAGUUCCGUUAUUGUAAUACAAUAUAUAAUUUACAAUUACUAUUCUUUGCCACCACCGUUCAUUGACAAACUCUGGAUACAAUACUGAUUAUUACGUACACCUAAAUUGCUCAUGUAUUAUUUUGUAUUCCGUAUUGUUAUUAUGAUAUAUUACACUAGUAUUCAUCAAAAUUACCUAUACUGCAGUACAGGUUAGUAUAAAUAACUAAAGAUUUCACUAUAAUAAAUCUGCUGAGUUACGGCUAAUAAUUAUCAUUAUAAUAAUUGCAUUACGCAAUUUUGAGACCAAAUAAUGAAACCAAAAAAAAUAAUUAUACAGGCCGUCCCACGAAGAUAUACCCCUUUAAUAUCUCCGGAGAUAAUAUAGAUAAUCAAAUUGUGUUUUUUUUUUUUUACAUUAAUCACAGGAAUGAGGAGUACAAAUCUUUAUAUAUAAAUUAAUUUUUUUUUUUUAAUUAAAAUAACUUUAUAUUUUUUUCGGAAAAUUUUAAGAUAACCAUUCUGUAGAAUUUCUUUUUUGAAAAUUUUAAUGUAUCAUACAUUUAUACCCGAUACAUAUUUUCUAAGUAACAGCUGUUUUAAAUUCUACUAAUCCGUGUGAAAACCGAUGUUAUAUAGAGAAUAACCUAACUGUAUCACACGAAAAUAUCAGUUUUCAAACGGAUCAGUAGAAUUUAAAACAGCUGUUACUAUAUACAUAUAUUACAUUACAUUAUUACAUUACUAGAUAUAAAUGUGUAAUACAUUCAAAUUUUCUGAAAAAAAUAAUUUUAAAAAUUAAUUCAAUAUACGUUAAUUAAUUCAUAUGUCUCGUACAUAUGUGUAGUCCUCAUCCCUGUGAGUAAUAUAAAAAAAAACAUAAUUUUAUUAUCUUUAUUAUCUUCGGGGUAUAACUUCGUGGACAGCCUGUAUAAUUAACGUAAUAUUUUAUAAAUAUUAUUAAGUAAAAUACAAAUACAUUAGGCAUAUAGGUUUCAAAUAAAAUUUUAGCUGCGAAUCAUAUAAAUAUAACAUAAUAAAGGUGGAGCAAACAUGUUUUAGGUAUAUAUUUUAAUAGUUGACCGCCCAAAACCCUCAAAACCUUAAACUUAUAUCUAAUAUAUUUAUUUUAAAACAAAAAUUACCGCGGUCUUUUCGGAAAAGAUCGACUAAAAGCGAUUAGUUAACUUGUCAAUUGUAUUGCAUACUGCCAGCACACAGCACAUGUGCGUAGCAUGGAAAUUGACGAGGGCCAGUCCUAAAUGGAAUAUAGCAUAAAACCAGACUUCUUCCAAAAAUCCCUAUACGCGCGGAAAAGAAUCUCAUUAAUUGAUGUGUCACCCACUGUGCUAUACAGUGUAAUAUACUUACAAAAUAUAAUUUUUAAAAAAAAUACGUGACACAGUGUAUAUUAUGUUGCAGACUGCUGCAAAUAAUAUAAUAUAAUGAUUGUAUUACUUUUGCUCGUUCGAAAAUCGUUCGGUGUCCCACCACGGCCGUUUUUGUAUAUUAUCGAUAUCCGACAAAAUCGGUCUCGCCGAGUUCGCUUCGAAAAUCUAUCGCUACGAAAUGCCAUACUAUAAUAAAUCAUGUGAUGUGAUUGUAUUAUACGAACACGGGAAAGUAUCAUUAACUAAACAUUAAACAGGGUGACUCUUUUAUCGCGAUCCAUUACUAUAAUCGUUAUGGCAAUCAAUUUAUUAUAGAAAUACCACUCAUCUAGUCUAAAUUAUUGUAAACAUUGAUAUAAACACUAAAUUCGAUAUUAGAAUUUUGUCUUAUGCAUACCUAAUAUAUUUUUUGUUUAGUCUAUGCUUAUAAAGGAAAUUGGGGGGGGGGAAUAGUCAUUUAAAUAAAACGACAAUACGCAUUUAUAAAAUAUCCACAUGGAGUAGGGAUAAAUAAUUAAAAACGAAAUGAAAAUAAAGCUUAAAUAUAAAUUCCAAUUUUACGAGAAUAAUGAUUGAAAUGAAAAAAAUAAUCAAAUAUACUUACUCCGAAAAUAUCACCAAAUCAUGUUAACAAUAAUUCGGGUUUAUCAACCAGUUGACAAUAAUGUAGUCUACAGAGAUUUUCGUAUAAAAGUUAUACAGGAAAAAUGACUUUACAGUCUAUGCACAGACAGUUAAAAUACACAGAAAGAAAGGAAAAAAAAAUCUUCAGUGGUAUAUCAUAAAUUAUAAUUUAUUAUUUAUAAUUUACAACAAUAUAUUAUAUACUUAGUGUAUAAUAAUGUAUCCACCGCAUUGGCGUUAACCGUUCAACAUGUACAGUAGUGGAUAGUGUAUAUAUUAUAUUAUAUACAGUGAUUUUUAUGACUCGACGAUCAUCUACGAAGAUUUUGAGUAAAAUUUAUUCUGGUCAUUGUAUAGAUUCAUUUCUUUUUUUUUUUUUUUGAGGGGGGGAUCAAAUCACAAAACUUCACUUAUCCACGCCGUGAUUCAAACAAAAACGUAUUUAAACCCCCUCCCCACCCAACCACCAUUCGAAAUCCUGGUUAGGCCACUGAUAACGUUAAGAAUAUAUUUUCAAAAUAUUACCUGUAUUCCGUAUACAGCUUCAUUCCUAAACUCCUUCUUUCAACACAGUUUUGAAAAGUGUAUGGUUUUUUUAAAAUGUUGAUACACAUAUAACACUGUAAUAAUAUCGCAUUUGUGAGGUAAAACAGUUUAACAUUUAGACCACACGCUGCAAGGAGUAAGAAAGGGUUAUAUUGUCUAAAUAAAAUAGAAAUAAAAUUUAUUAUAAACAUUUUUAGAAAAAUAUUCAUUUUACGCAUCUGGUUUGAAAAGAAGGGGUUGAAAAUCAAGUCUAUAUGUAUUUAUACGGUUCUCGGAAUUCGGGUGCUUAACACCAUGACUAUUCCAUAGUUGAAGGUCGGUAAUUUGGAAAAUAUAGUUAAUAGUUUAAUUUAUAUACUAAACUCAACGUUAAAUCAUUGAAAUCAAAACAACGAUUCUGAGUGUAGUUGGGUGAACUCGUAAGGUUAUAGUAUCAGAAAUCAUUUAAUGGACUGCGUAAAAAUAUAAAAUUAUACCAGUAUAGAUUAUAAAAUUUAACCCAACUAGUGUUUAUUUUAGGGUGACUGGAGGUAUUCCCCCCGCAGAAAAAUGUAUACUAUCCACUGAAAAUAUAUUAUAUUACUACGUAAACUACAUGUGAUGUAUGAAAUGGGUUACGGGCCGAGUAUGAGUAAUCUCAUUGACAAUAAAAUCAAAUAAAUAUGUGUUAUAUUAAUAACUAUAUUUUAACGAGCUACUAAAUAGUCUUCAUUGAGCGUAUUUUCUUAAUUUUUUUCCAAGGUGUAAAAGUUCCUAUAUCUUGCUCUAUUUUUGGUAUACCUCUUGUAAAUUAACGAUCCCCCAAAUCUACUAAAUACAACAGUAAAAACCUUUGAAUCUUCUUAAGUUAAGAAAGAAUGCACCAAAUAUAAAAUAUGUGUAAAUAAUAUUUAUACCAACUAGUUAUUUUGUAAAUUACUUGAAAACACCUUUAUAUUAAUUAAUUUUUAUGUAGGUACUUAAUAUUAUUUCACAAUGUGAUGGGUACCUAUGUAGAAUCUACCACCUACAAUUUGUUUCUAAACCAUAAAAUGAGUUUUAAGACUUGUGUAAAACAAACAAUUAGUUGUUCCGUAUACCAUCAAUACAAAUUUAUUAGAACCACGGGAGGCUCAGGGUUUUGAUUAUGAUGAAACUAUUUCUCUUCCUAGAUUUUUAUCCAGCUAAUGUAUAUCCCCACUGAGAGAAAAUAUACAGAUAUAUAUAUCGAGAGAGAGAGAGAGCGAGUAAUUUGAUUUAUAUCUGUUCACAACAACAAAUCAUUACUAACGAAAAACGAUUCUGAGCCGAGUAUUAUUAGUUUUUUUUUUCUCCCGUUGCUAAGGCAAAUGAAAAAUCGAUAAAAAUCACAUAAAAAAUUGCUAGUUUUAUCGAUUUAUCGAGAAAAUUCAAAGAAAAUCUCGAAUAAUUACCUCUUCAAUGCACCAACUACUUGAUCAAAAAUUCUACACGAAAAUCACUGUAAAGCGUUUGAUUGGUACAAAAAUAAUUAUUUACAUACACGGAAAAAAAAACGCAUCUCAGUAAAAUCAUAGUACACUUCGCCCAGUAUCUAAAAACUGAAAAUCACUCUGUAUAUAGUAUGCGCGUGGCCGGUAAUAUCGGUCGUCGGCCGAAUCCGGUAGUGGUGCCUAUAGAUUUACGAUAUUAUUGUGCUCGCGCGAUGGUUAUAAUAAUAAUAAUAUACAUUAGAAAAAACGGCGCGCGCCCGCGCGUGCGAAAAUUACCGGUCGAAGGGACAGGUCGCGGGCGGCGGCGCGGCAGUGGCUGCAGAAAAGAACCGGGGAUACGUCCCUUUCGGGGACACAACACGUGUUCGCUAAUCACACAUUCUUGUAUUUCGGCGUCCGUGACAAAUUACCCCUCUCUCCGUCCGUCCGCCGCCGCCGCCGCCGCCGCCGCCUCCACUGUCGUAAUCACACGAUGUUUUGUUUAAACCAGAUUAUUCGCUCCCGUUCGAUAAUAUUCCCGAGUACCCGCAUAAUAAUAUAAUGUAUUAUAUAAUAAUACAGUAUACGGUCGUAUACACCUACCUAAUAGUUUCCGGUUGGGGGAGGGGGGGGGUUGGGUCAGGGAGAUAGGAAAUAAGUCCUUUUGUGUACCGGACGUCUAACUGUCUGUCGUCGUAUUAUUAUUGUCACUGCACAGGAGGUUAAUAGGACACGCCGUGGAAGACCCUCUGUACGCGUGGGUACCUUAUAUGUGGCUAUACCGUAAUAUGUGGCUAUACUAUAAUAUUGUUUUAUACCCGGUCACCUGCGCGACGACGACGACGACGGCGGCACGCCCACCGGCCGCCGACUGCGCGACUCUGCGCGACGCACUCGAUGAUUAACGGCCGAGAUUCGCGCCGCCUUAAUUGUGUAUGAAGCUCGCGAUUACUGCAUUUACUAUUAUCAGGUAUUAUUAUAUACAGGGUGCCGGUGCCGCCGCCGCCGCCGCCGCCGGUGACGUGUCCGACGGACAGCUUUGAUUUAUAACAACAAUACCGGUCGAUCGCGAACGGCUUCUAAAAAUAUAUUAUGUCUACGGCCGAAGGGAUUUGUGCAACAACCGUCGGGCAGCUCCGCUUUUCGGCAAAAUAUUCACGUUUUGAUUAUUUUCAAUAGAGGAUAUUCCAUUAACCAUAAUUUUUGUUCGGCAACGGGUCGAAUCCAGGGAUUAUCCGUGUGUAAGAAGUUGGGUGUACCUACAACGUAUUCGGAGCCGUCAGGUAUUGUUUGUAUCCAGAGAAAAACCAGACAACUCCGGAGUUAACUUGUUUUAGCUUGUUUCAAGAUAACAUAAAUGUUACAUUGUUUUCAAACAAAAUUCUAAUAAAUAUAGUUUGUUAGUUUUAGAUUCUGAACGGAGCGAAAAAAAUGUAUUAUCUAUAAUGUUUACUUUUCUAACACAAACCUUGUUUUGAUCAAAAAUUUUAUGGUACAUUUCUUAUAGUAUUUUUGACCUAAUUGGUACAUUAUCUAAUUGAGACUAUUUUUUUGAAUUUCUUCUCCGUUUCUUUAAUAAAUCAGAAUAUUUUUUAUAUAAUUUGUAUUGAUUUCUUAGUUACCUUGAAAUCUAGGUAAAAUAUACGACAAAUAAUUGUCUGCUCAGAAUCGUUUUUCCUUAACAAUGGUUUAUCGUUUUGAACAUAAAUAAUUUAAAUUGCCCUUUAUAUCCUUCCUUUCAAUACGAUUUUUCACGCUUUUCCCAGCUGAAUUAUUUUUACAACCUGGCCGGAUCGGACCGGUCUUGGAGUUGACGACCCGUGUAGGCCUUUUAGUACUAUACAUUUACAGAAUUUUCGUUGACGUUUCUAUUCGAUGUUCGAUGGCGGAGUCGCCAUCGAGGAGAACGAAACCGAUUUUAUGCAUAAUAAUACGUCUUAUUAUUUACUGUUUGGCCGGUUCGGUAAACAUAUUAAUAUUAUUACCACCUAUAUAACAGUUUCGUUCUAUACGUUUGGAGUGCAAACGGAGGAAAAAAAACUUUACGUAGAAAACCACUCGAAAAUCGGUAUAUUCAAACGGAAUCGGUGCAACACCACGCCUGCGUAUAGAUAUACCCAUACCAAUAUAGGUACUCGUUUAAUUAUUAAUAUUAUUACCUAUAACACAUUUCGUUGUUCCGUGAGAUUUUGUAGGUACACGGCCCGGAAUUUUGGUUCAAUAACACUCGAAUCGGAACAAUAUUAAUUUGCUCGCGUCUGUAUAUUUCGUAGGUACCCAUUAACGCGUGCCAUUGAAAUACGACACUCUGUUAUACAGUCACUCGUACCCGACUGUGUUCAUCUCGAGCAAUAUUAAUAUUGUCCUCUUGGUCGUAGGUAUAUGGAUAUAAUAUGUAAUAUAUUAUAAUAUACCGAUUUAUAGUCGCGUGUCUUUUUCAAUUUGUCACUAAUCACAAACGGGGAUGGUUUUUAAUAUACAAUUAUUAUAGUUAAUGCACUAAAAAUAUAGAAAAAAACUACCACCGAUAACAACGUAUACACCUUUCAAUGCCAAAAAUAUAUAUUUUUUUAAAAGUUUUAUUCAAAUUACUUAUAUUUUUAAACCUAACACUAAAUAAUAUAACAUACUCGGAAUAUAUACAUAUCUUAUGUUAUCGAGAUUACACAAUUAAAAUACAACAAAAGGCACGCAACAUUAUUUGAUAAUAUCUAGAUACAGCAGUUCCACCUCAAAAAUCGAAAACGAUAUUCCCACUUCAGAUGUAAAAAUACCGUAUUUUAUACUUUAUAAUGUGUAUAAUACCGUACUCUCUACAUAGUACAUAGUGCAGUACUGCAGUAUGCUCUAACAGAAUUUUCGGUCUGAGUCGAUCAAAAUUUUGAAUUUUUUUUUCAUUCACACAUUUUAUACUCGCAUAUUAUAUUAUUAGUGUUUGAAUUACACUUCUUAUUAUUUACAUAUUUGUAUACUACUUUUAUCCAGUAACAUUAAAUUCUAACGUUUAUGUAGGUAACUAACAAGUAACAAAUACAACUUCUUCCCCUUCGUCUUUAUCCCAACUAUUUGAGGUCCACCACUCUCGUCUUUAACUUCCACUUAACAUCAUAUUAUUCUCAAUUGCAUCCUAUCAUGUUUUUUUUGUUUUACUUUCCCCUUCCUUCUUUCUACGUUUAAUAUCAUUAUAAUUCUUACUGUUUCUCAUUCCUCUCUCUUUUUAAUAUGCCUAGAUCAUCUCAGACUAUUUUAUCUCAUUUUAUCUACAAUGAAUGGUAGGCCUUUCGUUACAUACCUCCAUACCUCUUAUUUACUCUUCCUUAUCCUAUCUUUUCUCUUCAUUCCAUUAAUCCAUCUAAACAUUCUCAUCUCUGCUACACUCAUUCUUUAUUCUAAUUUUCUAAUUCUACAGCCCAACAAUCCGAAUUAUACAACAUUGUCGAUCUCUCCCCACUUGUGUAGAACUUACCUUUAACUCUCACUGGCAUUUUCUUGUCACAUAAAACACCUAACGCGUCUUUCCACUUUAUCCAGCUACACUUAAUCCUAUGUUUUAUCUCCUUGUCAAAGCCAUCCGACCUUGUGCACCGUCCUGAUAAACAAAAGAUCCACUUUAAACUCUCAACCUCGCCUAUAACGUUACCGUUUAUUGUUGUUAAUUGUCUUAUCCUGUUUCUCCAAACUCAGAUAUACUCUGUUUUACUUCUAUGUAUCUUUAGUCCCUUUCCUUCAAGUACUACUCUCCAUUACUCAAGCUUAUUGUUAUUAACUUGGGCCGGGCAUUUGCCUCUAAAUUUCACCCGUGCGUAGUUAUUUAACUAGUACCAUUUCCCUACAGAUUUCUUUAAAAACAUCUCAAAAAUGUAUACUUAUACGAUUUUUAUUAAUUAUUUUCACGUACAACAAUAAACUAACAGGAAAAUAUUUUUAAACGUUUCAGCAAGACUAUCAGUUUUAAGCCUGGAAACUAUGUUAGCUCAGAGCUACGGAACUCAGAGUUAAAUAUCCCGUUCCCAGGAAAUAAUUCGGAUGUAACUGCCUAAACAACGUAUUAUAAAUUAUAAUAUGCAAAUUCAAUUUGGUAACUACCAUAUUGUUCGGGUAUAUGUAUAAUAGUGUAGGUACUCGUUUUGACCAUUCGCGGCUGUAUACUGUCUGUCCACGGAUAAUACUCAGCGGGGGGGAUAAACUAUAGCGUAUUGUAAAAAAAAAAACCGAGUAAUGUAUUUUUUUUUUGUCUCUCUUGUUUUCGGCGACCCCACGCAACACGUUACAUGGGGUUAAUACCGUCAUUUCGUUCGGGAUCAACUACAUAAUAUAGGGUCCAAGACUACUAACAAAUGUCCCGAGGGGCGCGGUCAUUGAAAACGAUAUAAAAUACAAAUAAACAUAUUAUGCGAUUUACAACAAAGCAAAGCUUUAAUAAAAUAUUCGUGAUGAGUACCAUUGUACAUAUAUAACUAUAAAGAUUUUGUUGACUUAACAACGACUAUAUUAUGUACCUAUAUAUAUUACACUGGACACGUUAAUUAAUGAUUUUAAACCGUUGAACUGAAACCACAAUAUUGCAUACAACAGAUAUUCUCUAUAUUCAGUAACUAUAAAAAAAAAAAAAACAGAUUUUAAAAAUAUCGCAUAAUUAAUAUAUUUAUUUUUUAAUCCCUAUGAAUAAUACCUAUCAUACCCAAUCAUACCUACUAUAAUAAUUUCAGGGGUGUACAGUUUUCUCGUGUCACUUACCGGGACCGGAUAUAAACAUACGUGUACAAUAUAUUAUCUUGCUGACCACGCCCGCCGAUCUCAAAGGCGCCGAACGUAGUAUACCAACACAAAUUGUAUAUCAGUCCUGCAGGCCUGUUUUAAUCGACUAUAUUAUGUAUACGAAAAAAAGGCGUGUAUUUAAGAACAUUUCAAUUGAGAGGGAAGGGUAGUUCCCAUUUCCCUUCGUAAUAUUUCACCGAUGUGAUAUACAUAUGUUUCGCGUUUAUUAUAUGUUGCCAUACCCCGCUACGGCUAACAACAUAUAGUAACAUAUGUAAUAAUAUAUAUAUAGUUAACUAAAAUGUUUUACCACGGUCAGAAAGAACCCAAUAAUACCGACCGUAUAGCCACUAAAAAUGCAAAACACUGCAACAGAAGCUAUAUAAAUUUUAUAAUAACAUAUACAUAUGUAUUUUUUUUCUUAUCCCCCAACUUCAAGGAACACUUAUAUUUUUAUUUACUAGUAAAAUACCAAAACUAACAAAACAAAAAUUUCCAGUGAAAUAAUAUUCUAGUACGUAAUUCAUUAAAAAAAAAAAACAAAAACAUUUCGUAUAUUAAAUCCUAAUCUAAGAAAGACAAAUUAAAUGACGAUCAAUUAUAAAAAUUAGCUGAUACCGAUAGGGAUGGGUGCAGCCACUGUUGUAAGUGGGAAGGUAGGAUACAUACAAUUAUUUUUAAAUUUGUACGCAAAGAUAAACUAUUGCUAACGAAAAACGAUUCGGAGCAAAUUUCGGUAAGACAUAAUUUGAAAUGCCGUAAUUUUUCCAAAUUUCGUCAAAAUUUAAUAAUACAAUUCUUAUAAAAAUAAAACUUCAUUACAUUAAAUUAUUUUUCGGUCUACUAAGUACGACUAAUAAUGUUUUUCUGUUAAAUAUGGGAGCAAUAUUUCUGGUAAAAAAUAGCAUGCAUGCAAAUUUCAGAUAAUGAAAUCGUAACGCCGUAAAUUUAUCAGUUUUUAUUUUAGGACUUUUUCCGGUUUUCCCAAUUAUUAAAAAAACUACAGAUAAAAUUUGAAAACCAAAGAACUUACUCGUGAACUAGAUUAAAAAUACAACAAAAAUAUUUUGAUUGAAGCAAUAUUUCUGGCAGAAAACAUAAAUUGUACAAAAUAAAAACAAUGUAAUAGGAAACUCCGUGGCUCGCCGUAAAUAUUUGUCGUCUUGCUUAUAAUUUUGUUUCCAGUUUCUUCCCGAUUAUUUUGAAAACCCCUUAGAAAAUCAAAAAAUGACAGUUUAAAUGCACCUCAACAAUUUUUUUGAUAAAAGGUGCUACACUCUACACAUCAAAUUCACGAAUCUUUGGAAAAUAUCAAGGGUUUCGUCUAAGAUGGUUUUGAAUAAGCGAUGAAAUUACAAACAUAGCUUUCAUAUAAUUUAAGACAGGUAAUCGUAGGUGAGAGAUACAGGUUACUAUGCCCUCUUAAACGAACUGUCAUUCAAUUUGUUACAGUACCGCUAUGGUCUUAUCCAGACGAGGUCAAUUUACCACUUUCCUAACGGUUAUAGACGUUAACCUCACGGAUCCAACUUACCCGUACAUAGAUACUAGACACCGGUAGUCAUGAUUAAUUAUUUCGAGAGCUCCCGAAAUUUCACCGAAAAACGUUUUCCUGAGUGGAUAUCGUAUUGUCAUAAGCUUGUAUACGUAUUAUUACAUAUUAUGCUUGUAUUAUAGAUAUCCAACUAUUAACUAACAUGAUAACAUACAUAGAACACAUCAGACAUAUUGUUUGUGGUGGCCUGAACUCCUUUUCUCUUCACACUGCGAUGACGACUAGUUUUUAAGUUUCUAAUAUAUAAUCCAAUCGAUUUGUCAACGAUUUCUUUGAUAAGUUUGCCCCAAUUUAUCAAAUAUCAAAACGACGCCACUGCACGCACGGUGUACGCGUUAUAAAGUAUUGAGUAUGUCGUAUGUACAGUUUGCAUACAAAAAUGUUUAGAAAAAUCGAUAUCCAAAGUCCCGUAUAAUACCAUUAUGUUACUUUAAUAUUAUGUAGUCUUGUGUAUUUGAUUAUAAUAAAUUGUAUACGAACGAUAAUCAAACGAAACUACGAGGACAACGACGAACUUUACGUGUCUGUUUUGUCAUAUUUAUAAUUUACAAAUAUUAUUUAGUUCGAAAAAAUACUACUGGACUAACGCACGUCACGAAUGCGUAUUAAACGAAUGGUCGUCGCUCAUACGGCAACGACCGCGACGUUUGCCCCAUCAAAUUAUUUGCGUUUUCGAAUAGUGCAAUAUUCUCACCGUCAGUAAAAAUAUAAACACAACGAUAUCGUAGGAUGAUUUUUGUUUGUUUGUUUGAUUUUUUUUUUUUUUGUAACAUUGACCUCUCUAUGACUUGUCCGAUUCGCGUCCGGUUUCAAUCGCGAAAAACCGUCUGACAAGCAUUUUUACAGUGUAUUACUAUUAUUCGUUAUGACAUUAGUCAGGAUAAAAUAACUCACGGGGAAUUGUUAUAAAAUAUUAUACGUUAUCUAUAAAGACACUGUGUACUAUAAUAUGUACGUUUUUAAACCUGUUCACAGUGGCUUACGCAGCAGAAAGGAGGUUAGUGGUUAUGUCCCUUCCUACCCCCCUCCACCAUAGGCUUGAAAAAAAAUCCCAACUAUGAGUAAUGAGUAUGUACAGUAGUUUAAACAUGCAAUUAUAUAUUGUAGCCUAGUUAUAUUGAAAAGAUUAAUUUUGGUAUUGAAUAAAUAUUGGCUUUUUUGGAUGCGGCGCCCGUAAUCCCUUGGCAUGCCACAUGUCCAUAUAAUAAUAAUACGGACACGUUCUAAUUUAUACAUUUUGUUCAAAAUAUUUUAAUAUAAUACAUAAUUUGUUUGCCGUAAAUAGUGUCUAUAAACACUAUGAUGUAAUAUGAAAUCUAUUAGACCGUCAUAGGUAUUUUUUUGUUUUUAGUAUCUAAGUGUAGCGAAAAAGCUAUUAACUUUACUAAGAUGGUUUUUUCUUGAAGAAUUCUUAUUUCAUGAGUAAAAUUAUCUGAUUUUUUUACGUUGUAACCCUCUUGCAGUAAUUUACUUUAAACAUUUUGAAACUAGUUUUGAUUUUGUUUUUCUCUAGGAAACCACUUUUUUCGAUUAGGUAGUAAAAUAAUUUUAGAACAUCUACUAAAAGAUGUACAUUUGUCGCCCUAUGGUACUUUAUUUAAAACAUUUUCUUAUAAAAUUCCGACAGUUUGUCUAGAAAAUUCAAAAAUCAUUUAUUUUUUAUUGAUUUCUACGUUACUUUGAUUGACAUUAAGGAAAACCCGAAUAUUAUUAUAACCUUACCGGUAUAACGAACUCUACUCAUAAUCGUUUUUCGAUUGCAAUGAUCGUCACUUAAAGUUUAUAAACUAAAUUAACCUGUAGCAGGUACCCAAUAACUUCGAAACUUACCAUCUACAACAAAGUAACACACCCAUAAUGUGCGAAAUAUGUAUUUUAUUUUUUUCUUAUAAUUCGUUACAGAGUGCUGAAUUCUAAAUUUACUCUAUGGUGUUUUCAAAUGCAGGCAUUGCAAUUUUCAUACUUCGAUUACAUCACUAAAUUAAAACUAAUGUAGGAUACACAAAAACAAUAAUAAGAAUAAUAUUAUUAUUAAACGGUGGUUUAACCAUGCUUAAACACGUAUAUGUACACAUUCGACAAGAUGCACAAAUUUUGCAUUGCAUACAAGGUCGCGCUGGUGCUUGUUUACCAAAUAUAAUAUACGAGUAUAUUGUUGUUGUUUAUGUUUUGUUAUACCUAUAUAAUAUUUUGUUUGGUCGACUGAAUUUUUAUUUUAUUAUUAUUAUUUUUUUAUUUUUUUUCUUAAUCGGCCCGUAUAAAUUCCUACGCAUAAAUGGUAUUGGAUCGCUUAUUAUUAUGUAUUACAUUGUAUUUAUCCAGUAGUAACUGGGUCAGAUUGUUGGACUUGUAAAUUAAAUAAUUGAAUUCCAUAACAUACACACCUAUAUAUAUACAACCAUCAUUGAGAAAACAUGCAACCUUACAAUAAUAUAAUAUAUUAUAACAUGCACACAAUGUAUAGAAUGCGAAUAAAUAAAAACCACAUAAUAUGAAGUGUAUUUAUAUGUAUCAUAGUUGGUCAACUUAAAAGCAAAUUGGUAAAUUAGUAUUUUUUUUUUUUUUUUCAUUUUACAAAUGUCGGUACAAGAAAAACUCCAGUUAAAACUUUCGAGAAGAAAAUUAUUAGAUUUCUUGAAUGGUAAUUAUAUAUUUACGUUGUUUUUUUUUUUUUUUUAAUUAGUGACAAUGACAGCUCCAAGGGAUCCUAGGGCCCCAAAUUCAUAUUUCUAAAAAGUUGUAUACAAAAUAAGAUAAUACAAAAUUACCAAAAAAACAUAUUAUACUACGUUAUAGACACGUACAAGCAGUGGCGCAUUUAGAAUAUAUGCGCUCCGGGGCGAAAUUAUUUUAUAUUAUAUAAUAAAUUUAUAAAUGAGAAGCUUUUUAUUCUUGUUUCAAUCAAAGUAUCCCAGAUCCGGAAUCAUUUUUACGGCAUUUGGAACCAGUUGCAUUUUGACUUACUUGUACUUAAGAAUUAUGGAUAUUUACAAAAAAGAAUAUCACAUCCCGUCGCUCCCGUCGCCCCACCUCAGGGACGUGCCUGAUUAUAGAUAUAUCUUUAUAUUAUAGUUGUGCGAUUAUUUCGAAAAUGCAUCUACUCCUGCAAAAUAGCGAUGACAACCGCGGCGCCAUUUUCAAACUAAUUAACGGUCGAAAAGCAAAAAAACACAACAGAAAAAUGUUUUCGUAGCGUUCGCCUACAGAAACUAAAACGCGUAUUAUACGUAUAAAAAAAAAAACAAUUUUAACAGUACUAAUAAGAGCGUUCGACGUUUGUACCAUCUCUUGUAUACCUACUUGAUAUAUACAGGGCCUUUCAAAUUAUUUAUCAUUUUUACAGUCUUUGAAAGCAGGAACGCAGAGUAUUAUAUCCAUCGAACUCCUACACUCUCAAAACUGUAAUAAACAAUUUGGAAGACUCUGUAUACUUGCGUAGCCUGUCGCUGCUGCAAUGCUGUGACUCGGGAACCCAAUGUGUUUAUAAUAAUAAUAAUAAUAAUAUAUUCGGUCUGACCGACUACCGACGACGGCCGAGCGUGUUCGCUGUUUGAAAGAUUAUUACACGCGUAUAUGUAUACUCGUAAAAUAUAUGUAAAAUAAUAUUAAUAAAAUAUUCGGGUCCGUCCGGGUUGUGUCCUUAAUAUAAUAUUUUUUUCUUUUGACGUUUUUACUGCGUGCCUGAUGGUGGUGUGCACGACCGGCGAGACAUCGUUGCCGGGGUUCGUGUUUUUCAGUAAAUAUAAAGAAAUACGCAGAAAAUAGCCGCGGCUAGGUUAUAAUACGCAGGGCCGCGAUAUUGUGCGCCCAGCAGUCGGCAACCGCAUACCAUAAUAAUAAUGUAACAUACGGCCGUAUUAUCACUAUGGCGGGACUACCAUAUUACCGUAAAACCGUAUAAUACUACAAUAAUAUCGUAGCAAAUACAUACAAUAAUAAUAUUAUAGUGACGCGUCACGCGCGUAAUGUGAACGACCCGCGUAUCGAUCCGACGCUAAAAUGGCAUAAUAUAGAUAUCCGCUCGGUUCGGAUAACUUUGAUACCGGCUCAAUGCAGUAUCAUAUAAUAUGUACUUACAUAAUAUAAUACCGCUUCAAUUAUUGUCUGUGCCCAAUAAUAAUUAUAACAAUACGUCCGAAAUCGUAACAUAGGGCAUAUAUAGAUAAAUAUUAUAACAAGCUAAGCGUUUGAUUAUUAUUGGGAUUAUCGUCGGCCAUCGCUAAGCUUCAUUCGAUUAUUAGAUUCCGAUUCUCCCUUGGUUUUUAUCAUAAAUAUGUAAAUGUGAUCACCCUAAUAUACAUCCUACUUUCCCAACUAUGCCAAUCUACAACAGUGACCUACCCGUGAGGCUUAUUUUAUUUAUUAGAAUAUUUUAUAAUAUUUUACGAACUUAGCAUAACCUAUACUAGAAUAAUAAAAAUAUGUAAUAAUAUGUAUUAUCCAAUCCGAUCGUUUAUCCAAUCGAGAGGUCAUCAAACCCAUGCUAUAAUAAUAUUGAUAUUUACUUAAUGAUAAAAAAAGAACAAUAUGCAUAGAAGUAAAUCUAAAUAACUAUACUUGUAUACACCUAUUGAACAACUACAAAUAAUUUAAGUUAUUAUCUAGUACUUUUUUUUUCUUUUUUAAUAAUAAAAACUCAUAUUGUAAAAUGCAACUUACCCACAAACUUUUUAUUUUCAUUUUUAGUUUACAAAUACGAUAUUUUUAAGAUACCAAACGAACAAUUAGUGACGGCACGCCGUAAUGCAAACAUAUCUACAAUACACAUAAUAAUAUGUACACAUAUUAUAUUUAUUUAUAAAUAUUAAAAAAAAGAUGUUUAGGUAUUUAGUUACUAUACAAAGAAUAUUUCAACAUAUUAUCUCGAUAUUAUUCAUCCUAUCAUACAUCUUUUGUAUACAAAUUAUAGGUACCUACAAUUUGUUUAUACAUAUGUCUAAUUCAUACACAUAUUUUCAAAAACCGAUAUUUAUGGGCCACUAUUUUCAUUGAAACAUUUGUCCAAAACUAAUAAUUAAACUAAUUGAACCUAAUUAGACCUCAAAAAGUAUACAGUUUAUAUAAUUAUGGAUCGUUUACAUACGAAUUAAAAAAGAAAAUAACAUAGACAUUAUAAUACUGUGGAAUUUUUCUAUUUCUUUAUUUCUAGAAGAAGUUCUGAUAAAAAUAAAAUGGCAAAUAAUAAUUCAAUAAUAUAUGGAACCAAUUAUUGCGUAUUUGAAAAAAGAUUUGUAAUAGGUAUUAUAUAAAAACAUUGAUAAUAUUGGUUUACAAUUUUUAUCAGAUCUGGAAAUUAAAAUAAAAAUAUAUCUUUCAUUCGUCUAUAAGAUCAAGUUACGUCUUAUGGCGGUUUUCAUAAUAAUAUAUCAAUGAUAAAAAAAAAAUUAUUGUGUUCAGUUUUAUAUUAUUAAAACACAUAUACCUCAUAAAAGAAACGCAGCAAUAACAGAAUAGGUAUAUAAUAUAAUCUGUUAUUGUUGCGUUUAUAAAUCAUAUACAUUAUAUCGUAUAUCAGUGACGGAUCAGAGGAGGACGAUGGGGAAGGGGGUGACCGUCAUACUCAUAGCCCCAAUAUACUCUGAGCUUUUAGAUUUUGAUCAUACGUUUAUGCAUUACAUGCAUUUUCUAAAUUGCCCAGUCUCCCCGUUAUCUUACACAGGAUUUGCCUCUAUAGUGUAUUAUGUCGCAUUCGGAUAUCCAUUGACUAUUUUGGUUUUAAUAAAACUACUUGGUAAAGCACUCAUUAAUAAUUUUUUGUAACUAAAUAAUUUUUGUUCUGUUCCGGUUCGAAAAACCUAUCAAUUUUGGUCAGAUUUUGGUUACUUGGCUGCAAAUUAUUUAACAUUUUAAAUUUCUAGAUAUAGCUGUAGUACCUACACGCAGACCUAUAUUUGUUGCAUUCUUAAUGUAGAUUGUGAGUAAAAUGAUCGUUUUUUGAUUUCACCUGUAGUUUUUUUUAAUAAUAAUUGAUGAAAACCGAAAAAUAAAACGUAGAACGAACAAGAAAAUUUACGAAAAUAAUGCUUUUAAUAUUUUUAAUUUUGUAUUUUUUUUAUUAUAUUUUAGUUAAAAAUAUAUUCAUAAAGACUUGAAAUUUUGACAGAAAACUUAAAUUUGCUUUAAAUAGAUGUAAUGAAAUUUUGAAAUGCUAUUUAUUAAAUAUAAAUUACAAAAUGCUAUUUUUGGACUAUUUAUGGACAUUUUAGUUUUGUGAGUAUAGGUACGUAAUUUUUAUUUGAUAGGUAUUUUGUGAAUAAAAUUGUUAGACUUAACAGAAAUGCUUGAAAAACUGACAGGAAGUUUAUUAUAAGUCGCAUACACGGUGGUCGAAAAGAAAACUUUAGUGUAAUGUAGUAAUUUUUUUUUUAUUUUAAUAAGAGUUAGAAUUAAAUUUUGAGGAAAAUCGAAAAUAUUGCGGCCUUUCAGUGGAACUCCCAGUAUCAACUCUUUUUUUAAAAUUUUUUUUUUAUCUAUAAACUACAACUUUUCUACCAGAAAUAUUGCUCCGGUGUAUAUCUUAUUAGUGCAUUAAACAAAAAUUAAAAACAAUAAGAUACAUUUUUAGUUGCAUGUUUUAUCUACUUGGUAAAUAAGAGUCGUUUUUUUUAUUUUCCAAGUAAUUUUUAAAAAAUUUAGUUUUAUUUGGAUAAACAUAUCUGAUACUUUAUGAGUUCUUUAUAGAUAUAUAUUUAAAAUAACAAGUUAUAUUAGUUUUUAUUAUUAGUUUUAAGUAUAUGAAUGUAUUUCGAUCACAUUUUUACGCACUAUCUAAAUAAUACUCAAUAAUUUGAUACAAGACUCAUUAUAAGUUUUUCCCAUAACUCAGUAGUCGGCAACCUAUUUGGACACUGGGGCCGCAAAAAUUUAAAAAGUACCAUAUUAGGCAAAAAUAAAAAUGUUUAGUCUUAAUUUAAAAACUAAAAAGGUUUAAUUAAUAUGUAUAAAAAGAGACGUCCUAGGAUAAUGGGGACGAAUGCAGCCACUGUUAUAGAUAAUUUAAUGUGUAUCUGUAAGAAACAAUAGAACAUUGGUUACGAAAAAACGAUUCUGAGCGGAGUUCAGUUGAUAGUGAUGCUUUGUCAACAAUAUAUAAGUCAUUUUACAGUAAAAUAAUUAAAUAGGCUUUACAUAUUUUCUUUAUUAAUAUUUGUUUAAUUGUGUACGGAUUUUCCUAAUUUUCCUACGUUUUAUCCUGGUUUAUCACAUUUUCUGGGAAAAUUCCUGAGAAAAUCGAAAAAAUUACCUUUCUAAAGUACCUCCUUAGUGAAAUUUCCUAGGGGAAAGAUUACUAUUAAUAACGGUUAGACCAAAAUUGCUGGUAAAAAAAUUGUUAAUAGAUAAAAAAAAAAAAACUUCUUUAUAAAACCAUAAGCUUCUUUGCUCCACUCAGUAUCUAAAAUAUUACAGUUUGUCAGUUGCAAAUUAGAGAAUAAUUUAAUAAUACUAAAAAAGAGGGAUAGUAAGGAUAGAAGUAACUCAAACAAGAAUAUAAAUACCACUCCUUAUUAGAUAUUAUCUUUAACUAUUAUAGGAAGUAUUAUUAGGAGUCAUGAGUAAAGAAUUAAUAAACGUUACCUGUCCUUAAAAUUUAUCUCCAAUCGUACCUACGUACGUAGGGUAAACACAACUGUUCUUCUGAAAUUAUUCCUAAUUGAUUACACAUAUCUGGGUGUUGUAAAUUCUAUAAUUGCUUACCCAUCACCGAAGAUUCACUAUACCAGAAAUCUAGAUGUAAUAUAAUUAAUUGACACUGAUACAGAAAAUAAUACAGGUUUGUUUUAUAUACGUAUGCAAAUGGAAUAAUUAAAUAAUUCAGUAAUUAUUCUUGUUGACUUCUAAAAUUCUCCCGUCCCGUGAUUACGCUAACUUAUCUAAUUAAAGAUUCAAUGAAGAUUUACCGUUUUAAAUACGUAAAAAAACAUCUUUAUCUCUCAUAGUCCCAUUCAAAAUACUAACGACAUAUAUUGUGAUAUAAUUAUUGAUAAGAUAUGCAAUCAAAUAUUUUUAAAAAAACUGAUGUUAUAAUUUUUUUAAGUCGGCAUCUCAAAAAUCAUAAAGGUGUAUAAUUUUUGAGAUCAUCUCUAAUUAUACGCCAAAAAUAAUGUUAUAAUGAUUUUUUAUUAGUAUACCGAAUAUUAAUAAAUGACUUGGUUGGUAAUACUAAUAAAUUGUCCUCCGGGAUGUCAAAGGACAUAGUACAUCACAGUAACUUUUAACAAUUUAAUUUCGUUUAUAUCAACAUAGUAAAAAAUAUAAACAUUCUUGUAAAAAAAAAAACUUAAUUUAUCCAUAACAUUUUUAUGUAAUCACUGAAUUAAAGUAAGUUGGUCGUAUUGGCACGAUUAAUAUGAGAUUAGGUUAGAUUAACCUACUAAACAAAACUUUCCUAACUGCUGUUUGGUAUUCUUAUCGCUGCACGGAAUGCCAUUGAAUUGAAUGAAUUUUUUGGGAGUCUAUGUUAAUUGUGGCCUAUUUUUAUGAUUCAAUGGUUUUUUCGUGCGGCGGAAAAAAUAUCAAGCAGAUAGGGUAUAGGGUAAGAUGAAACGGUGCGUAUGGUGGUGAAGGUGGCUAUAGUGCUAUACGUGAUAUUGAUAACAAAAAAGAUACGAUGUGUAAGCGAAAUUUUGAGUAUUCUUUUUUGUUGUCAUAUUAACGUUUUUUUUCGGUAACACGAAAUCGAUCUCUGUAAGAGUAAAAAAAAAAAUUUAACCCAGCCCUUAAACAUAUAUAUAUGUUAAAUUUUAAAAAUUGCCUAUUCUACAUUCAUAGUGCGAAUUGCGAAGAAUCUUAAAAUACAUAGUGCAACACGAAUAUUUACAUGUAUUUUUCUUUUUAAUUAAUUAGUAUGCUUCUGCGCUAUAGUUUAUACAUGGAUAUUUUUUUUUUUUAGGGAAAGGGAGGAACUUGGGGUAAGUUGAGAAAGUAGGGUACAGAUGGGAAUAUAAUGCAUACCUGUAAGCAACGAUAAACCAUUAUUAACGAAAAAUUGAUUCUGAGCGGAGUUCAGUUGAUAGUGCUGCUUUUUCAACAAUAUACGGAGUGUAACUGGACUAUUUGACAUUUUUACAUGUAAUUGCAAUGUACAAAUUUGAAAUAAUCUUGUUACACCAUAUAUAUAUAUAUAUAUAUAUCAUAUAUUGAUAAAAUGAUUACAUAUCUAUGCAUUAAACAUUUUUCUUUAAUAAUAUUUGUUUAAUAUUGUACCUAUUUUCCCGUUCUCCCUUUUUUCGGUUUUCUUAAUAUAUUGAGAAAAUCAAAAAAUUACCUACCCAAAGUACCUCCCUUGACUUUCAGAAAAAGUACUAUCAUUGUAAAUCAGAGCAAUAUUUCUGGUAGAAAAGUUGUUCACAGAUAAAAAAAAAAUAAAUAUCAUUGUAAAACCAUAAGCUUCUUCGCUACAUGCAGAAUCUAAAAUUAAAAUUUUACUAUAAUUUUUUUUUACGAAAUUCAAAAUAACGAUUUUGUAAAAUAAAUUUUUAAUUGGUGAUUGAAACUUGUGUUUAGGCAUAGUCUUUUAUUUUCUAAAAUAUUUUAAAGUUUUAGGAAAUAUUAAUAUUAUUGUGGUUUAUAAUCUGUUAUAAUACUUAAUCAGUAGUCAGAACACAUCAAAUGCCAUGGAUUUUCUUUACCGUGAGUUAAUAUCAAAAAAUAAAAAAAGCUGAUACUGCUGAUGGAAGCACCACUGUUAUAGGUAAGAAGUUAGGAAAGCAGAAUACAUACAAUUAUUUAAUUUAUUUCUGUAAACAAUGAUAAACCAUUACUAUCGAAAAAUAAUUCGAAAAGUAAACGAACUUGAUUUAUUAAUUUUGAAUACAUUAAAAAAUAUAACUAUCAUACAUGUUUUAUUUAAAAGUCAUAAUUUUAAAUAACAUUUACGAUUUUUAUUAAAAUGUUAGCUUAAAAUCAUUAAUGAUUUAUAAUCAUAAAAACCAAAACACCACAUUAUACUUUUUUUUUUUUGACAACUGCGUACAAGCAAAGUCACCCAUCGUACGAAGUAUGUCCGUCAUUUUUAUAUGGUUAUUUUUUAUUUUUAACACAUCUGAAUAAAGUUUUAUUUAAUUUGUAUGUUUUUACUUGUUUGUACAUAUAUACAAUGUAAAUAUAUUAUGUAUUUUACACAUGGACAUGUGAAUAUAAUGACCAACAAACUCAAAAUAUUAUUUCAUUAUUUAUGCAGGUUGUGUAAUGAUGAAUUAUUAAUUAAAAAAUUUAAAAAAUGUAUACAAUAUAUUUUUACAAAGUGCUAGUAAAACAGAGGCACCAAAGUUUUUACAACCUACAGGCACUGCAGUAUAUCUUAAUAUAGACCUGUGUACAACUUAUAGUGUACUUUCUGUUAACUUUUCAAGAAUUUCUGUUUAGUGUGUAUCACUAUAUCCACAUAGUAUCUACCAAGUAAAAACUAUGUAAAAAACUCACAAUUAUUAUAAAAUGCUUACAACACAAACAUAAUAUUGUGUUUUCCAUAUUUUAUUAAAUUUCCGAAUCUUUCUAUACCCAGUGGCGGAUUUGUGGGAGAGGUGGCGUAGCAAUCGGCCACCUCCCAUUAGACAUUUUUUUGGUUAUGCUUCAACUAAAUCCACAUGCAUCUUUAUAAGUCAUUAAAUCAUAACUAUAACUUUAAACUUAAUUUAUUAAAUUAUUUUGAUACCAUAUGUAUAAUAAUGGGUCUUCUGAUAUCUUUUGAUUACCUUGUCAAUACUAAUUAUCAAAUUUAAAUAACAUCAUGUUCAAAACAAAUUAUUGUUUAUAAUCACAGUUGUAGUAAACAACGGUUAUAGUUAUUGAUUGUGGAUAACAUUUUAAUGUGAUGGAUUUUAUGGAUAUCAUUUUACUUCCACCGCCGUAUCAAUCUGUAACCACUUAAUUUUUGUGUAUAAUAUGUAAUAGAUAGAUAUUCUGUUCACUUUGCAGAUACUGAAAUAUUAAUUUUUUAGGCUAUUCUUCGAGAAUUUUAGAAUAAUUUAGUCGAAUUAUUUGUAGAUAUACAAAGACAAAUGUUGGGAAUGAGAUUAUUAAACAUUUUUAUCUCAACAUUUCGGAGUAUAAAAUAAUUUGAACUAUAUUGAACUGGAUACGUGGUACGUAUCCAGUGGUCCAGAGUUCCCUGAAAUUAUUGAAAAAGUUAAAAAAAUAUAAAUAUAUAAACAUGUGGUAUAUUAAAACUAAUUUGAACCCCCCCGAAAAAAAAACAAAUUUAAAAAAAAUUAGUUUUUAAUUAUAGUCUUACUGUUUCUAUGACAUUAAUACGCCCCUUUCUUAAAUGAUUUUCAGAUCCGCUACUGCCUAUACACCUAAGUAUAGCGAUACAUUCCCCCCCUCCCAUAGACUAUUAAAAAUAUCGAAAUUCCAAAAAGUAAAAUUUCCUAUGUAGACCUUAUUAUAACCAAAUAAAUCAUACACGAUGCGUUAUAUAACUAUAAUAAGGGUUAUUAUUAAUAAUAUAAAAUAUUAUUAUAAAUAUUAUUAUGGCCUAGUUACUUUAAGGUUAUAUGACGGUUGCCUAUAGUGGCACCGAACUAGGGUGACAGGUCGGUCAACCGCCCGACUAAAUUUGUUGAUGGUGGGCGAGUGGAUGGUGCUAGUGGUGAGAAAUAUACAUAGUAAUAUUUGUAGAAAAUAUAACUAUAUAAAUAGUACUAUCAGUUAUAAAGUAUAUUAUAUUCAAAAAAAAGCAGUAUAAUACAGUAUUGCUUUGUGUGUUUGAGUAUUUUUAAACUACUUCGGCGCCACUGGUUGCCUACCUUUAAUAACAACGAAAUAAAAAUGUGUAUGUAGUCUUGUUGAAUAUUGUUCCUCAAUCAUAUCCGAUACUUAAGGACGGGAAUUUAUCCUCGGGCGCAAAAUUUUUUAGAACAUAAAGACAAAAUACUUAGAACAAAUAUCAGAUUAUUUAUAUAAAUGGCAUCUUAUUCCUAAUACAGAUAAAACUGUAACAACAACAUUCCAUUUAAAUAAUCGUCUGGCAAAAUACAAACCUCGAAUUCAAUUUGAUGGGAAAAGACUUUACUUCGAUCCGACUCCGAAGUACUUAGGUGUAACGCUUGAUAGACAGUUAAUGUUAAACAACACAUCGAAAACACUGCUGCAAAGCUCAAAACUCGAAACAACAUUAUCCACAAUUUGACUGGCUCAACUUGGGGGGCAGCAAUACCCACUUUUAAAACCUCGAUUCUAGCACUAGUCUACUCUGCCGCUGAGUAUGCCUCUCCAGUAUGGAUAAAUAGAUCACAUUGCAACAAAAUCGAUAUUCAACUUAAUCACUCGAUGCGCAUUAUCUUUGGUACUGUUAAAUCAACGCCGACAGAAGGACUCCCGGUUAUUCGCAAAAUCUUGCCGCCACAUAUUCGAUGUAAAAAAGCUGCAUACAGAAAGUGGUCAAAAUACUUAUUUAAUACAUCACUUCCAUUUCACCAUGACGUGUCAAACCAGAACCUUAGACUAAAAUCUAGGAAACCUGCAUAUCUAACCUAAUCCAAACUUAUAGAAAACCAGUAUGGUGUGGAAGAGUUUAAAUUAGAAUGACAGAAUUCUAGAAUAGAUAAUCGUAACCUAAUUAAGAGGCUCAAUAUCUCGGUCCCUGCACAACACCUAUCCCGCCAAGAUUGGGUAAUACUCAACCGACUUCACAGGGGACAUAAUCGUUCCGGAGAAAUGCCCCUUAAAUGGAAAAUGAAAAUCAUCCAGACUGUGACUGCGGCCAUUCAUUACAGUCUAUCUCCUAUAUAAGAAGUGACUCGCCGCACCUAUUACAGCACAAUAUAAGAACUCGAUAAAGCUUCCGACAAGGCGGUUAAUUGGAUAAGAUCUCUCGAUAUCGAACUGUAGACACCAUAACUGAUAACAAUAAGAAAUAGUUACAACAUAGCAUUAAUUUCAAGACUUUAUUUUAUUGUUUUAGGUUUUAUAUAACUGUAUCUAGUCCGUAACGCGUGCAUAUCAUAUUAUACAAUACGAUAAUAAUAUUUAAAACAAAUAAUUUAACUUAGCUUGGCACCUAUUAAUAUUUACGACAACAAAAUAAAGAUACAAUGCUGACAUGAAUAUUUGCAUCCCCAUUUUAUAAUUUAUUAAUAUUACCAUAACAAUAUUUAAGUACAUACUAUGAGUAGCCAAGGUAUAAGUUAAAUUAUUUGUAUUAAAUGAUCGCACUUCAUCAAAUACAAACAAUUGUAAACAAUUCCUAUACUAAUGAAUUUAAGAAAUUACUUAAAUCCCUUUUUGAUGUCACAACUUUUCCAACUUGAAUUUUUUUUUCUUAAUGAAAUUUUCACACGUAGUUGACGGAAAAUUUUUGUUGAGAUAUCACUCAGUUUUUUAUUAAAAUUUUCGAUAUAGUUAAUCCAUGUUUUUUUAAUCAAUUGAAAAAUUAUGAGGACAAAAUAUCUUUGUUGUUUUAUGAAUUGAGUAAAUGAUUAUAUUAUGUAUAGCUAUGCAUGUAGCUAGAAUGUUACUGGAAAACGAUACUAUUUGUAAUACAGCGAUAAAAUAAAUAAACAAAAUUGUUUAUUUUAUUCGCCACAAACGGCCACCGUUGCAAACAGGUGGUAACAACGCGUUCAACAUACUCUUAUACUACAUGUUGAAAAUAAUAGAGUUUCGAGUAAAAAUUAUGCUAAUACUUUUGCAUAUUACUCAGGCUGCAAUUCUCCAAUCAACUUGAAGUUUACAAAAGUAUCAUCUACAUAAUGUAAUAACUACCUCGUGUAAAUUGCAAAACAAUCAGUCCAUUAGUUUAAGCUACAGAGAAAUCGGAUCAUUUUCCGUAAAAUUACACAGGUUAAAUAGGAGUUAGCUGUCUCGUGUAAUAUACUGCGGUCGACGCACGUGUUCUUUAUUUUUUAUUUAACUCUGCAUCGCGACCACGACACUGGAUAUAAUUUACUUAUAACUACAAAUAAAAAAUGUAUUUUGUUUUGUAAAAAAUAAUAAUUUUAAAUAGAAUCAUCAAUCAGGGUUUAGUAUUAAGUAGGUACGAACUACGAGUACACUGUACAUAUUGUAUCUAUGAGCGCUUAUUACUGAAGUACUUGCAGCCCGUGUUUAUACAAAUAGAUGUGGAUAUGUAAAUAUGAAAAUUUUACAUUAUUUUUGCGAUCUCGUAUACGUUUUGCAUUUUAUAAAUAUAAUUGUCUUAAAGGUGAUGGGGUGAAUGCCCUAGUUCUUAGUUCUAUUCCUAAGCAUAUUGUUUUCGACCAUAUUAACUUACAUUUACCAUCGUUUUAUAUUUUACAGCGAUUUGCUGAGCAUAGGAAGUUCAGACAGCAGAAACUACGAAAUGUCCGAUAUGCAUGGCGUCAAGUCGGUGUGUUAUCCGAACGUGACCACGUCUGCUGCCGGCGCCGGAGUGAUUAAAAUCGGUUCGGUGGCGGCCGCGGCUUCGGUCCUCAAGUCGGCCACUGCCACUGUGGUGGCCGGAUAUCCGGCGGUGCCCGACCCGGAAAUGUAUCCGUCAGACUAUCCACUACAUCACCAUCACCACCACCACCAUCACCAUCCUCACUUGCACAAUCCCCACCAACACCAUUACAUCAAUAACAACAACAGCACUACCAAUAACAACAAUAACAGCAGCAGUAGCAGCAACAACGCCAACACUAAUCAUCAUCUCAGUCACUUAUAUCACCACAAUUACCAUCAUCAAAUGGUUCAACCCAUACCGCAAACUUCGGCCGCGUCACAUUCAUAAUAAUGAACGUUGCCGCCUUCAGACAUAAUUAUUAUUAUUAUUAUUAUUAUUAUUAUUAUUAUAUUAGUGUAUGAAUAAUAUUUUCCAUUUUGUUAUAUAACUUGUGUGCGACAACAACAAAAAUUACGGAAUUUCUGUAAACCUAAGUCAGUAUUAAAGGGAAGCAUUUUUAUUUCAAUAAUAAAUACACGCGAAAUUAAACACCUUUGAGACUGCAUCCUGUGUGACAGAAUUCUUUUUGAAUUGCGUCAUCCCGGAUUUUUAUUUUUGGUAUACUUCUAAAAAUUACAGCCAAUGUUUAUCUAAUCACCAGAGGCCGAAACAUAUUAACACGCAGUUAGGGGCUAGACAUGAUUAUAGGAAUACGCCUUGUAUCGUAUUUAUAUUUGAAACGCAACUAGUAUACUAAGUAGUUCCUAUAGUUAGAUAACAGAGAUGCAGGUUUUAGAGAACCGUGAUGAAAAAUCUAUUUUUAUUAAAAGCUCUUUCAUUAUUAUUAAAUCCGUUCGUCGUUAAAUAUAAUAUUAUCGAUCAAUUGUUAUUUAGGUAUAAUUAGGUACGUUCAAUUGCUGGAAAUAUCGUUCCGAAUACGCAUUACAUGGGAAGAAUAAGAACAUAGAGACAUUUUUGCGUUUCCGAAACGAAAAUCAAUACUUUCGGAAACUAUCAAAAACUCAGAAAUUUAUAUUUCUAAAAAUCAUUAAUGAAAUUGUGGAAAUGUUUAAUGGCCUAUCUGAUGGAUCAAACAAUAUCAUUCAAUUAGUAAUUUUUUAAAACUAUUUGCCAUUUUAGAAUUCAAAAAGUUUUUGAUAAAAUUUGUGUAAAGAACCAUACAGACACGUUGAGUCAGGCUAGAACUUUUCGAAAUUAAAUGGUCCAGCCAGAAUUUAUAAAUACGUUAGCUACUGUUUCCAAAGAUUUUGGACAUGGACUUCCAGUAUUAAAACAGAUUCAAAAAAUUGAUAUUUAUUUAAAACUAACCAUGGAUUUAGCUCAAGCCGAAUUUUAAUUUAUUUUAAAAAAUCAUUUGCAGUGAAAUAUAAUAAUAUAAUAUUAUUAUUACUAUAUACCUACAUUCCUGUAUUCCUGCAGCAUUAGGUGUAUACACAGCAUGCAGUUAACAUGCUUAAGCAUAACCUAAACAAUAGGAAAGCCGUGAGACAUAUAAACAGGCUCGGAUUAAGAGGGGUUCAUGGCCUCAGGCCACUGGAUAUCGUAAUAUUGUGGGCCCCUGGCCUUGGCUGGUAGUACUGUAUAGUCACCAAUAUUUUGAAUAUGUUUAUGGGCCCUUAAAAUUGUUUGUCCCCAGGCCCAAAAUCAUCUUAAUUCGGGAUUGCAUAUUAUAGGUAUCUAAGUACGAGUACCCACAGAUAACAACCAAUUGUACAACAUUUUGCUGCAUGUAGAUAAUAUCAAACAAUCGUUCACUAAAAACACGAAAACACCAUGAAGUGUAGCGUAGGUACCUAUACUGUUUCUCAUUAGAUAACUAUUCGAAAUAUGUUAUAAAAGAUCGAACGCCAAUCGGGCGAUUAGACAGAGACCUAACCUAACCAAUGAUAGUGUAUGUCACAUUAACAUAGUUACAUGAGCGGUUAUUGGUGGGACUUGGAAAGCUUACCCCCCUCCCCACCCCCCGGAACGUUAGUUUCACUACUUAACAUAGAAAGUUAUAACUCAAAGCCGGAUUUAAUAGAUAUUGCAACUUGUUUGAUAUCAGAUAAAUCAAUGCUGAACAAAUAUAUAUACACGAAUCGGACUAAUUAUACAGUCUUUCUAUUUAUUUUUAUACUUCGUAACUUAUGUAAUUUUUGUAUGCCACUUCACCUGAUAAAAUAUACAAAUUAUUUUUUCUUAGAUAAUUUUACAAUAAAAAUAUAACUACAUUUUUACAUAUAGUUUUUCCUAAGAGUAGAGCAACGUUCUACAGAUACGGCCAUACGAUUGUUAUGAUAUUAUUAAGCCAUCAAUAAUACCGAAUAGGUAAUUUAUUGACCAACAUGUUUUCGCGCAUUUCUGACAUAUUCAGCGCAACACGUAUACUUUAACAACUUAGUUUUCAGAACGAAAUACUUUACAAGCCCUCUUAUAUGGAUCCUUAUUAGGGAUCAUGGUGGUAUACUCUUAUUAGUGUACAUGUGUACAUGAAUCCCAAAUAUAUAUUGUGUACCACGAAAUAUAAAUAGAUAGGUUCUGUUUUUUUUUUUUUUAAUACCAGUGUAUUUUAUAUCGAUACCAGAUUAUUUAAUACCCGUUACUAGUGUAUUAAAUAGCCGAAAACUGUGUAAUUAUUAAUUCGGGUAUAUGUUAAUUUAAAUUUUAAAUCUAUUUAAAUAUAUAUAUAUUAAUUUGUUGCUGCUAAACAUAUUUUCGCAAUGGCAUAGCCAGAAAUGUCCCAAGGGGUAGGGGGCCCAACUAUAUAAAACAUAUAUCAAACAUAUUUUUGUAAAAACAGGUUAUACUCGAUCAAAAACAUGAAUUAACACGUACCUACGUGAACACGUAAAUAAAAAAAAUAGUUACUCGCUUAAAUUUAAUGCAGAUGAGUUUACUAUCCGUAUUCACGUGUAUUAAUGUUAUUCACCUGUAUGCAUGAAAAAUAACCUGAAAUAACACGGAUUUUUUAAGUAUCUACACGAUCUUAUAAAUUCGGAUUUUGAAUUCCAAAAUGUAUACAAGUGAAAUAGGGUGCUCUUGAGCUUUAAUAAUAUAUACUCAUUGCGAUAUCUCAGUAAUUAUUACAUUUUUCGAAUUUUUCUUUUUGUAAUUUAAUAAACAAUAGCAGUAUUAAAAUAUUACAAAAUUAUUAUUUCUUGUCACCCUUAUUUUUUAUGGUGAAACCAUGGUGAUUACCUACUUUAUAUAUUAAACUUUAAAGUUUUGAUAGGAGGAGAGUAAUGGAGCAUAAUUUGUGUGGUAACAUGGUGCGUGGCUAUUAAAUAGUGCUCCACUAUUCUCUCCCUACCCACACUUAAAAUUAAAAUAUCUCGUUGAUAGGUUGAUGAAAUUUAAAAACAUUAAUACUAACAUGUAUUUAAACUAAUAAAUUAUUUAUAUUUAAUACUCCAUAUAUUUAUGAGAUUUUAAAUAUACCAUUUUAAAAUCAAGCAUAGGUAGUUACCCAAAAAAUAAGGGUGCCAAAAAAAGAAUGGUUGUAUACAAUUUUAAUGCUACUUAAAUUGUCAAAAAUAAAGUUAAUACUUUAGAGCACACCAUUAAACACAUCACUAUUUAAAAAAAUUUGAUUUUGUUCAAAUAUACUGUUGAUACAAUUCAUGUGUAAUGUUAUUAUACAAACUUUAAAUACAUGCAGGUACACAUGUGGAUCAUUACACAUGUAAUGGAAAAUAAAUGUUGAAGAACAAACGUGUAUUAUUGCAUAAAAAAUAAAGAUUAUAAUAUAAUUUUCCAAAAAUUCAAAUAAAUAAUACAUUAUGUAAAGGUAUGUCGCCUAAGCAAACCUAAUUGUUAAUUGUUAUUAUUCAUUAAACCAGUUUGUUUUUAAAUUUUUGUGUAACAUAUUGUAUAUAAUUUUGGACUGUAUAAAUUGUUUUUAAAUAUAAUUUAAUGUGUAAUAUACAAAAACAAAUUUCUUAUGUAUUAAUUUUGACAAAGUUUUAAAAUCAAACAUAAUGUCCUUGCAGAUCAAAAAGAAAAAUAGAUAAACAUUAAAUUCACAAAAUAUCUACUUACCUACUUAUCAAAAAAAUUAUUAACAGUUGGAGUUUCUAAAAAUGUUGAGAACUAUAAAUUAAUAUUAUAAAUGAAACUAUGAAAGGGACUAUGUAAAUUGAUAUAAUGAUAUUUAAAGAGGUGCUUAAGGAAGGUGUUGAAAACCAAUUAUAUAUUUUUUUUAAAUUUGGUUUUUAAGAUAAGUAUGUGAAUUAUUUUAAGGCAAACAUUUUCAGAGAUAAUACAUAAUUUUUUAAAAAAGAAGAUAAAUAAAGUGAGAUGAGUAAUAUAAUCAUUAAAGAACAAAUUCUCUUUAAAUUAAACAAAUAGCUCUUAUGUUUAUCCUAUUCAAUUUACUUUUAGAAAUAAAACACACUCGCAUACAUUCAAAUACUGAACAGUGUUUAUUUUAUAGCAAAAAAAGCAAAAGAAGAAUUAUUUAAUUGAAUUUUCUUCAGGUUUGAUCAAUAACGCCAUUGGCUUAGCCACAAUGUAAUCCU